UUUACAAUCAGGUCCAAGGGGUGAGUCCGGUGGUUCCGGUAGAGGUACCGAGUGGGUGCAAGUACGUGAAUUUGCCUGUACUAGCUGUGAGCCAGAACCGGAAGGCGUUUUUAGACACCCCGAAUGUAACGAUACUCACUUAUUGGUUGGAAGAUGGGUUCCCCUUGCACUGGCCUGAUUUCGAAGAAUGUACGGGGUGUGAAAAGACGGGUGGACGGUGUGGGUACGACGGGAGCUCCAGAAGGAUAGUAUGCUUCUGUACGGGUCUCCAACCAAAUUUACAUGCCCUGGGCAGCUGUCUGCGCAAACCGAAGAAAUCAAAUAAAUGGAAGGUCAUUGCAGGUGCUGCAACUGGAAGCCUCUCUGCUCUGUUUCUUGUAGUUUUACCAGUCAUGUUCAAAUACAGACACAGAAUUUCAGCAAUCCUCAACCCAGCAGCAUAUGAUGGCGAGAAUCAUAUGACCGGAAUAGAAAUAAAUGCGAAGGAGUUUGUUAAGACCUAUCAAUCAACCUUAGUGACGAACUACUCAUACAGUGAUAUAAAGAAGAUGACUACCGGGUUCAAGGAAAAACUAGGGGAAGGCGGCUAUGGCACCGUCUACAAGGGAAGAUUGUCUGAUGGUCGGCUCAUUGCUGUAAAAUUGCUUGAGAAUUACAAAGACAAGGGCCAAAAUUUCCUUAAUGAAGUCACCACCAUCGGUAGGAUCCACCACGUUAAUGUCAUUCGUUUAUUGGGUUUCUGUUGGGAUGGCUCAAAGCAAGCUCUUAUUUACGAGUACAUGCCCAAUAAAUCACUAGGGGAUCAAAUGUUCCAAGGGGAAAGAAGCGUUUCAUUAGGAUUGGCGAAGUUGCUUGAAAUUGCAAUAGGAGUUGCACAUGGAAUAGAGUACUUGCACAACGGUUGCGACUCGCGAAUCUUGCAUCUUGACAUAAAGCCUCAAAAUGUGUUGCUGGACCAGAAUUUCAACCCCAAAAUCUCAGAUUUUGGAUUGGCAAAGGUGUAUUCUCGAAAUCGAAGUGCAAUUACGAUGACUGGAGCAAGAGGAACCAUUGGCUACAUCGCUCCAGAGAUAUUCUUGAGAAAUCUUGGGAAUCCUUCUCACAAAUCGGAUGUUUAUAGCUUUGGAAUGCUGCUGUUAGAGAUGAUUGGUGUGAGUAAGCGUGUCGAAGUCAAACCAGAUGUGAACACUUCUAGCAGCGAAGCGUACUUUCCUGGUUGGGUUUAUGACAGGUUGAUUGAAGAGAAGGAAAUGGAUCUUGAACGUGGAGAUUCUAUCGUGGGAGAGGAAGUGUUUAUAGCAAGGAAGAUGGUUAUGGUAGGCUUAUGGUGCAUCCAAAUGAAUCCUAAAGAUCGACCAUCCAUGACGCGAGUGGUGGAAAUGUUGUGCGGCGAUAUGGAAGCCAUAGAAAUGCCUCCGAAACCUCUCUUCUUUUCUCCUCCUCGUGUGCAUGUUGAGCAGGAGAUUACGUCCCUGGAGAGUGAGACUAGUGAAUUGCCCCUUACAAGUGAAGUGGUAGUCAGGAGCCAUGACAACUAAAAUCCUAGUGACAAAGAUGAAGUGGUCCACUGUUGUAAGGAUAUGUCCCCCUUUUUGAAGGAUGUCAAGAAUGGAGACGAGUAGAAGAUGGCGCUCGGUUUGUUCCAGUUCCAUUGAGGUGCACAUAUGCUAAUCGGGAGUCGGGACACCUAAGUUGUCCAAAUAAAAAAUAAAA